AUGAGUUGUACACGUCUGUUCGUUUUCUCAGCCUUGAUGUUGCUGAGCACUUUGGCAUUCGUUCAAGGGAAAUCUUCUAAUGGGAAAGCUAUUCACGCAGAAAUUGCCAAGAAAGUUAUCCAGGAAAAACAGAAAGUUUUAGAAAACUUCCAGAAGUGGAUUGAAACGUACAAGAAGGCCGCUGCAAAAAACAACGUUCCCCUCAAAAUUCAAGAACUCGUGCACGAGCAAGUCAGAAAAGCUGUGGAGAAGCAGGUGAAAGAAAAGGUACAAGAGGUCAUAAACUCAACCAAACACUUCGCUUCUGCUCGUCAGCAAUCACAAACAGCUGGUUCCAGAAAACAUGAACGUCGUGAAAAUCAAAGGAAUAAAUAUCAGAAUGACAAGGAACGUCGAGGAAAUGAAAAAGAACAUUUGAGGUCACACCAGGAACGAAGCGACAACUCUAAACACAACCAAAAUCGUGUGCACGACCAGUCUAAACACAAUCAAAAUCGGGCUCACAACGACUCUAAACACACCCAAAGUCGUGCUCAAAACUCUAAACACACCCAACAACGUGCUCAAAACUCUAAUCACAACCAAAAUCGUGCUCAGGACUCACAGCUGAAUGAAUAUAUUCGCAAGAUUAGGGAUUUGCAGUCAACUUUUAGAAACAAGGGGAUUGAACAGAAACAUCUGGCGAAGUCUCUAUGGGAAGCAAAAGUGGACGCUCUAAGGAAAGCUCUACGCCAGGUCAGCAUCCCCUCGUUCUGA